AUGCCGUCGUUUACUUACGAGCAAGUCCAGCAGCACACCAAACCAGACGAUGUCUGGAUUGUGCUUCAUAACAAAAUCUAUGAUGUGACAAAAUAUCUAGAUGAUCACCCCGGAGGCAAGGAUGUCCUCCUUGAAGCGGCCGGUACCGAUGCUACUGAAGCGUUUGAAGAUGUCGGCCAUUCCGAUGAAGCGAGAGAACAAUUGGACCCGUACUACAUAGGUGAUCUCCCGACAGAGGAACAAGCCGAAGCCGUUGAAAUCUACCGCCCCAACUUCGAACAAGUCUCGCAAUCCGCCGUUAUUGACGUCAAAAAGUCUUCCUACGCAUCCUCAACACUCCAUGCGAUUGUAAAACUCGGUCUAACAGGGCUUGUCGGAAGCCUUGCGGUUUCCUGCUAUCGCAACGGGUGGUCAUUCGACAAGGCCUUGCAAUCGCUACUCUCCAUUUCCCUACCAAAGGGGACACCAGGAAGUACGUCCGGACAGUUCUGGACGGGAGCAUGCAUUGCAACCGUCGCACAGCUUUCCGUCACUUUGGGGCUAGGGGUCUGGGCUUCCAGUAAGCUGGACGUACAGCAAGAAUUCACCCAUUACGUCCCCCGACGUCACGCACAAACCGCACAAUUUAUCCAACUCCCACGGACAAACGUACCCCUGAAAAAGCCCAACGUACUCGAUCCCCGUCAAUGGCGCUCAUUCACCCUCACACGCAAAGACGAAGUCGCACCCCACGUCUACCGCUUUGUCUUCGCUUUACCAAACCCGGACGACAUCCUAGGUCUCCCGACAGGACAACACAUUGCACUCCGCGCAACAAUCAACGGCCAAACCGUCUCCCGCUCAUACACCCCCGUCUCCAACAACAGCGAUACAGGCCGUAUCGAGCUCCUGAUCAAAGUCUACCCGAACGGUGCGAUGACUCGCUACCUUGAGGAUAUGAAGCUUGGUGAGACGAUUGAAAUCCGUGGUCCCAAGGGCGCUAUGCAAUACUCUCGCCAGUACGCGAAGCAUAUCGGUAUGAUUGCUGGCGGAACGGGUAUCACACCUAUGUACCAGCUCAUCCGCGCGAUUUGCGAGGAUCCCAGCGACAACACCCAGAUUUCCUUGCUCUACGCCAACAACACGGAGAAUGAUAUUCUGCUCCGGGCGGAACUAGAUACAUUCGCGCGGAAAUGCCCGGAGAAAUUUCAGGUACGCUAUGUGCUGAGCCACGCUGAUGACAAGUGGACGGGGUAUAAGGGCUUCAUCAACGAUGAUAUAAUUGAGAAGCAUCUGGCACCGGUGGCGAAGGAUAACAGGGUGUUGCUAUGUGGCCCGCCGCCAAUGUUGGCGGCUAUGAAGAAGGCGUUGCAGGGGAUGGGAUGGAGAAUGCCGGGGGCUGUGGCUAAGGGGGGUGAUCAGGUGUUUUUGUUUUAG